ACAUCUUCUUUCUUUUUUCUUUUUCUCUCUCAGACUCUCAUCAAAGUCAUUACCAAUGGACUCCAUUUCCCCAAAACCUCAAGAGAAUAAUAAUAAUAAUAAUAAUAAUAUUCCGAAGCCCAUGACGAGAUCAGAACCCGCGAACUCGUACCCAACAACGUUCGUCCAAGCGGACACAACCUCGUUCAAGCAAGUAGUCCAAAUGCUAACCGGUUCCUCGGAGACAGCAAAGCAAGCCGCCGCCGCCGCCGCCGCCGCCUCCUCCUCCUCCUCCUCCUCGAAACCUGCGAACCCGAUCCCACCCAUGAAAUCCAUACCCAACAAGAAGCAGCAGCCGCAUUUUUCUAAGCUCUACGAGCGCAGAACAAACUCCCUCAACCUCAGGAACAGUCUCCACAUCAACCCCCUCACCUCGUUUUUCUCGAACCACACUAAUUCCCCGCGAAAAGCCGACAUCCUCUCCCCCAGCAUCCUUGACUUCCCCGCACUCGUCCUCAGCCCCGUCACGCCUCUCAUACCCGACCCUUUCGACCGAUCCAACGCUGCCAUUGAUUCCGAAGCUGAAGUCAAAGCCAUCAAAGAGAAAGGUUUCUUCUUGCAUCCUUCUCCCAGAGACAAAGCUCAACCCCUCUUGCUCCCUCUCUUCCCCACAACUUCUCCCAGAGCCUCCUCAGUGUGUGAUGGCAAUGCAACCACGACUGUAAGGGUUUGCCCUACCCCUUUCGUUGCAAUUGUAGUAGGAACGUCCACGCCUACCGCAUGGUAUCUGGUUACUUCUAAGGGCUGCAUAGCUGAUGUACCUAGCUCUGCCUUUUCCAGGAUGGCCAUGCAUCAGUGACCGAGGUGUUGAUUCUGAACUCAUCAAAAACUCAUUGUCAUCUACAAUGAGAUCAGCAUCACCGUUAGAGAUAAUAGAGUCAAAUUCUUCUAUUGUUGUAGAUGCAAAUUCAUCUAUUGUGGCAUAUGUUUCAGCCACCAUGGCCAGUGCCAGGAGAAGGAACACAAGCCAUGCUUUGGAACUCAUUUUAGAUGGAAACUUUAAUUGUGGAGAGAAAGAGAGGAAAAGGGUCUCUCUUAAAUUGCCAUUUUCCCUGCCCUUCCUGCCAGAGGGAGGGGAAAAGAAAAAGCUGGGAAGGUUGUUAAUUAGUUUAAUAUGUUGGGGUAGAAAGUUAGAACUAGCUAGAGGGUGUGUGUUUUAUGUGUGGCUGUAAUUUGUGAUGUAACUUGAUUUUGGGGUGCAUGUGCCCGUUUUUCUCUCUCAUAUGGUUUUGGUGACUGUUAAUGCUAUAUAUACACAGAAAGAUUUCCCUUUCAUUGUCAACAA